AUGCCAUCUAUUGCCCAUCUCAGAACACUCUGUAGUGUGGGCCGCUUGAAAGAGGCAAUACAUAUUCUGCUUACUGCAAUUAAUCAUCCUAAUAAGCUUAUCAAUACGUAUGACAAGUGCGAAAGGUUGAAGGAUGCUUGCAAUGUUUUCGAGAACAUAAAUGAGCCCAAUGUCUCCUCAUGGAAUACCAUAAUUGCAGCUUACAGAAGACAUGGCUUUCCUCAACAGGCAUUGACAUUGUUUCACCAAAUCCUGCGCUUAGAUGGGAGCUUUGGAAUUGGGUUUGGAGAUCCAUUUAAGGAUAAUAGAAAGUGGGUUUUUCUCAGAUGUUGUACUUGUGACUGCUCUGAUAGACAUGUUAUACACAAACUGGGCUUGUUGAAGAAGCUCUGGAGGUUUUUAAAGAAAACUCAGGUUGCAGGGGUAGAACCCGACUCUUACUCCUUUGCCAGCAUAAAACCAGCUUGUGCGAAAGUUGGAUAUUUGGAACAGGGUAAGGAAAUCCAUCGAAAAAUAAUUGAAGAUGGAUUUUGGUCAGGUGUUGUUGUUGCGAAUGCUUUAAUAGACAUGUAUGCAAAAUGUGAAAGCAUAGAAAAAGCACUCAAAUUGUUUGAGAAAAUGCCUCAACGUGAUGCAAUUUCAUUCAAUGCAAUUAUUGCUGGUUGUGCCCAUAAUGGUGCCCUUGAUGAGGCUUUAAGGUUUUUGGAAGAAAUACCUCACCCGAACAUUGUGACAUGGACUACAAUUACAGCCGGAUGUGCACAAUAUGGGUUUGUUGAAAAAGCUUUAGUUCUUUUUAAGAAAAUGCAAUUGUUCGGUAUGAUACCCAGCUCUGCAACCUUUGCCAGCAUCCUUCCCGCGUGUGCCAAAAUGGGAGCUCUGGAGCAGGGUAUGGAAAUCCAUGAAAGGAUAAUUGAGCACGGAUUUUUUUCAGAUGUGGAAGUCGUGACUGCCCUUGUAGAUAUGUAUGCAAAAUGUGGAAACAUACAAAAGGCGCGAGAAUUGUUUGACAAAAUGUCUCAGCAAAAUGUGGUCUCUUGGAAUGCAAUGCUUGCAGGAUAUGUGCACAAUGGUGUUCUGGACGAGGCUCUUAAGGCUUUUCAAAGAAAUGCCUGAAAGAAACGUGGCCUCAUGGAAUGCAACUAUCGCAGGAUAUGUACAAAAUGGACUUGUUGAAGAGGCCUCGGAGAAUUUUAAGCAAAUGCUCUUGGUAGGUGUAGAGCCAAACCCAACAACCCUUACGAGCAUCCUCUCAGCUUAUGCAAAACUUGGAGCUUUGGAGCAUGGUAUGGAGAUCCAUCAAAAAAUAGUUGAUAAUGGAUUUUUGUCAGUUGUUGUAGUUGCAAAUGCUAGUCGACAUGCAUGCGAAAUGUGGAAGCACAGAUAAGGCGCGCAAUUUGUUUAAUAAAAUGCAUCAUCCAGAUGUCAUCUCAUGGACUGCGAUGAUUGCAGGGUACGCAAUGCAUGGUUUUUGUAGGAUGCCUUAGAACUCUUCGAACUAAUGAAGCAUUCUGGAGCCAAACCCAACUAUGUAAGCUUGGUAUGUGUUUUGUUUGCAUGCAGCCAUGCAGGUCUAGUGGACGAGGGAUGCAAAUAUUUCAAUGGCAUGAGCGCUUCUUAUGGUAUUAUUCCUACAACGGAUCAUUAUGUAUGCAUUGUUGACCACCUUGGCCGUGCUGGCUAUCUUGAGGAAGGCUUAAACUUUAUUAUCAAAAUGCCAAUAAAACCCGAUGUGCUUGUGUGGAUGUGCUUGCUUGGUGCUUGUAGAUCUCACAAGGAUAUAGGGCUAGGAGAAUUUGUGGCAACAUUCAUUUUUGAGUUGGAUCCUAAAACUGCUGCGCCUUAUGUUCUUUUGUCAAACGCUUAUGCAGAAGUGGGUAGGUGGAGUAACGCUCGAGUUGUAAGGAAAUUGAUGAAAGAUAGAGGAAUUAGAAAGAUACCUGGAUGCAGUUGGAUUCAAGUGCAUAAAUUGGUACAUGUUUUUUGUGUAGGAGACAAAUCACACCUACAAACACCAGAUAUCUAUUCAACAUUGGAUAACUUGUCUUGGGACAUGAAAGCAGCAGGAUAUAUUCCACAUUAAAAAAACUUCAUUGAAUGAUGUGGAGGAGAAGAAGGAAUUAUUUCUUGGCCACCGUAGCGAGAGGUUGGCAAUUGCACUCGGAUUGUUAAACACGUCUACUGGAACAAUUAUUACAAUUGUCAAGAACCUCUGAGUAUGUGGGAAAUGCCACACUGUAACUAAGUUUCUCCAAAAUUGUUGAUAGACAAAUUAUUGUGAGAGAUGCAAACCGCUUCCGUCAUUUCAAACAUGGAAAAUGUUCAAGUGGAGAUUAUUGGCGAUGCUAAAUGAAGCAACCUAUAAAGACAGGUAUGCACUAUAACAAGGUGCAUGGUAUCAGACUUGCAACGGUAAAUCAGGAAUCAAGUUUUAUUUUUAUUUUCUUAAAAUGUGUUUAUCUCUGUUUGGGAACGGUAGACCAUGUUGUAUGGUUGAAACUAAACAGCCCACAACAUACCAGCUCUUUAAACUCUUCAUUUUGUAUGGUAUGUGUCAUUACUUAGUUGUACUGACGGUGUAUUUGCCUAAGCCAAUAAAACCAUGCAGUGGUCAUGACAUGAAUUGUCUUUCUGGAAACCUAUACAUAUCUCGAGUGAAAAGCUGGAGGAGGCAGCCAAAAAACAGGAAACACACAAGGAGUGAGAAACUUGGAGGAAAUGGUAAGCUGCUUAGGGCAGCAGGGAGUAUGAGAGAGAUUUACAAUCGAUUCACUGCUUGAAUAGGAUAAGCAAAGCGUCUCUUGAAUUUAAAGCUCCUACGUUUGUUAUUUUUAUGGUCUUUUGUUUGGAUUAAUUUUUUUUGCAAAAUUAUAUUUGUCCAAUCUACUUUGUAUAAUUUAUGGUUAAGGAUUUCUAAUAAGUCUUCAGAUGUCUAUUUUUAGUUCCUGCAAAGGGAAGGAAGUAUUGCUCCAAGGUAGUUUUUAACAGGUGUUAAUCCCUGUGGUUUCAACCAAUCAUUAUUCGGGUUUCAGCUUGAAUGAAACUGAAAUAUACCAAACAGGAAACUACACAAUCUAACCAUAAAUAUAGUUGCACAAUCUAACAAUGAACAUAGACUUUCUGAAGAUCCGUUAAUAAGGAUCAAAGGUUCUGCACUCCUCAAAGCAUUGCACUGAUGGCAGAGUGCAAUAUAAAGCUGGUUGUAGCCCUUGCUGUCAUUGAGGAAUGUUGUGAAUUAAACCUUGCUAUUCCUCAGGUAAAUUACAUCAGCGAUUCACUAGUGUUUUUCUGUGCCUUAUCAUGUAAAUUGUUGCUUUAAAAGCUAAUACAAUGAAUGUAAUGUAUAAAGGGUACGAGCUAUGCCAAGUUGGCUACUUUAGCUCUGAUCAUAGGUUUAUAUGGGUAUUUUAUGCUGUGAGCUAUGAACUAGUCCUUGAUGAGUCUACAGGAUAUUUGUAUUCAUCAUGGAAUAAUUUGAUUGUUUUGGCAGAUUCAUGCUUUGUCCCAGCCAGAUUCUAUGCACUAUUUUAAAUCUCUAGAUGUUUUGGAGUUGGGCUUGUUUCUAUUGCAUCUUUGCUGUUUGGAGCCAUGCUCAGAGAGCAAGUUUCUCCAAUCACACAGCCUAAAUUGUAUCUGAAGCUUGCAUUCACUGUAACAUUUUUUGCUGGCAUUUUUCAGGCUUUUGUGGUGAUUCUCAGGUGCAGCAGCAGUUGUAGCGUCCCUUUAGCAAUUGAAAGGCCUUCUGGGGAUUGACCACUUCAGUCCAAAGAUAGACAUAAUUUCUGUCUUGCGUUCUGUUUUUUAGAUUGAAAAAGAACUUUGAUGUGGUCCAAGUUAAUCAUGUAUAGGUUAUAGCUUAUUGAUUAUUACCCCUUUACUUCUUUCUUUUUGUGUCUUUUAUGUAUGUUAUCUUGUUGUGCGAGAGUUGGCAUCCAACCUGGAGAUGGUAUAGUAUUCUCUAUAGAGGUAUUUUGACCUCACGUGAUGGUAUAGUAUUCUCUAUAGAGGUAUUUUGACCUCACGUGAGGAUAUAAGUGUCCCACUUUGAAGUGGAAUGGUUUGGCCAUGUGUCAACAUAUUAUGGUGUGUGUAAGGUCAAUAUGGAUGGCAUAUAAUAGCAUGUA